UUCAAUACUUCCGUUUAGCAGACUACUUUAACGGCUCCUGUGUGCUGCUUAACUGUGUGGCGUCAGUUUGACAUGACAUUUGAUUUUCCGAGUGAAGCUUGUGAAAAUAAGUUCAACUAACUUUUAUUGCACGAUAAAAUACCAAGCAAUGUCUUCGUCAGACGUGUCGAUGCUCGUAGAUAUGGGCUUUAGCCAAGGAAAAGCGGAAAGAGCAUUGCAAGUUACGGGAAACAAGGGUGUUGAGCCAGCAAUGGAAUGGCUCCUUGCUCAUUCUGACGAAGUUGAAAAUCCACCUGAUAUUGCGGUUGAAAAUGCCUCUGUUUCAACUGCACCAACAAUUGAACCAUCUCAAGAAAGCGUUGCUAGUGCAAGUAAUCAAGAUGCAUCCGGUGCAACUGCCAAGUCCAUAAAAUGUGAUGUAUGUGGUAAAUUGUUCAAAUCAAAUCUGGAAGUAGAAUUUCAUGCAACGAAAUCAGGGCAUAAUAGCUUUUCCGAGAGCACAGAAGAAAAAAAGCCAUUGACGGAGGCAGAAAAAAAGGAGCAGUUGAAAUUACUGGAAGAAAAGAUGAGGCAAAAACGGAAGGAGAGAGAGGAACAGGAGAAGAAGGAGGCUCUUGAAAAAGAGCGAUUGCGGAUACGUUCUGGCAAAGAGAUGGUUGAGGCUAAGAAAAAGCUAGAAGAUUUAGAAAUGAAAAAACUAUUGGAGCAAAGAAAGAGGGAAAAAGAGGAAGAAAAAUUAGCAAGACAGAGGGUGAGAGAGCAAAUCGAAGCUGAUAAAGCUGCAAGACGAGCUAGAGCUGCUUCUGAAGCAGGUAAAAUUCCAAGCUCUCCGAUACCAUCAGCAAUGUCAUCAGGUCCUGUAGCUGCUGGACCUAAAAAAGACUAUAAUGAAACAAAAUUGCAGAUCAGGCUUACGAAUGGACAGGCAUUGACACAGACUUUUGGAUGCAAGGAACAACUGUCUGCAGUACGGUUAUACAUUGAAAUGAAUCGGACGGACGGUUCUGGGGCAUUCAAUUUAAUGACAACAUUUCCGCGUAAGGUAUUCACAGAGGAAGAUUUUGAAAAGCCACUGGAUAUUCUAGGCUUAGUACCAACAGCUGUUGUAAUAGUUCAGAAGAAAAUUGAAUGACAAUUGACAACACCAAGUAUUUGAAUUGUCUUAAUCGAUUCAUAAACUCCACCAUUCUGUUAUCAUUUUAUAAAUAUUGAUAACCUAAAACAAUGUAAAUUAAAUCACUUUCAUACUUCCAAA